AUGCAGUCUGCACAAGCAAGAGAGACAGCUGAGACUCUAGCCAACUCAAAUGACUCAGGGCCAGACGCAAAUUUAUCUAAUAUCCAUGCAACCAUCCAUUCACUCAAGAGUCUUUUGCAACCUGCGUCGCAGAAUCACCGCUCCGGCGAGGAUUUAUCUCACCAGUCUGCACCGAUGCAACUCCCAUUACCAGCUGAAUUAGUGGUGGCAAUACUUCGAUGGUAUCAAGGUAGGUUGUCGUGGUUGAUCAUUUGUUCUCAAGCUCCUUUCAACUCAUGGACCCAAGAUCCAGACCGCAAGUCCCUCUUUCUUACAUUAUAUCCCGUGAAUGAUAUCCAUCUUGUCGAACGACUCUGCCAAAGAGUUUACUUCCCAAUGCGGCCGGUGUCCUCUGGCACUGUGGCUGCAAUGCACGGGUGUUUAUUUUUCCUCAUGAAAGAGUCUGUAAUGUGGAAGGACGACCUAUCCAAGAGAUAUGACCUCAAAACCUAUAUGGACAAAUGCAAACAAAACUUUGAAGCAGCGAUAGAGAACUACGACGUUCUAAAUAUUCCCAGCUUUGAGAAUAUCAUCGCCUUGACCAUGGGUGUGGGUGGCUUCUCGUACCUGGCUCCAUCUAUUGCCGAAGCUUAUGCUAACUCCUAUUCAAGCUCAUUAAAGCCCGAGACGAAGCGAAGCCCUUGGUCUCCUGUCAUCUAG